AUGAUGAUAAACCGGAGAGUGUCUAGACGAUCUCCAUCACCCACCGAACAAGACAUCGGACAAGAAGAUGGGAACCAACUAUCAAACCUUACAUGGAUCAUGAUCACCGAUCCAAAUCAGUCCAGGGAUAAAGAGAUGAUGAGGAAUGUUCGAAUACAGGUCAUGAAUGACUACCUCAUCAAAGAGCGUCGCAAUCCAAACAGUACCGACUCUCGUGUACGCCGGAUCUCAAGAGCAGGCCGUGUCAUACCUGGUGCGUCAGCAGAUUCAAGGAAGAGAUCCGAUACAUCGGAGAGGAGAAGUCAAUCGCCGCGUGCGAGAGAUUCGGCAAUUAACUCUGCCUUUCCUUCCCCAAAAAUAACAUCGAGAGCCCAGAUUCCACAAGACCCACCAACAUCUCGGUGUGAUGCAGAGAUAGAACUACUGACGCCAUAUCUCGCUUCCAAGGCUGAAUUGGCCGGCAUUGGUGCGAGACUGGAUGUCUUCAACGCAACACCGAAGUUUGACGGAGAGCACGUUGACGUCCGCAUGCUGAAACACAACUGCACUACAUAUUUCGGAAGCCAGGCAAUGUGCAAAAGGUGGGCUCCGAUGCUGUUCGCCGGCCGAGCGGCAUUCCUGAGUACCUUGUGCAUAUCAUCUGCCUAUCUCGACAUGAUGCAAAUGGACUUUUCUAAUGUGAAAACGUCCAACUCUAUAGAGUCUGUAAGGACACUUACUGUCAGAGAGCAGACCGUACAGCUGAUUAGCGAGGGUCUGUCGGACCCGGAAACUUGCUGUAGUGAUGCGAACAUAGUUUCAGUCUUGCAUCUUCUCUAUGGUGAGAUGAUCGUAGCAUGUGAUCAGGCUUUGCAGUGGCACGAAGAGGGGCUUCACACGAUGGUAGAGUACAGAGGAGGUUUGGACCAACUGGGGGGUGAUGGUCUCCUGGCUGCUAUGGUCACCAUUGAGAUUUUCGAGCUUUCCGUGUUUCGCGAAACUAAGCCUCGACAACAAUAUCUCGACUACGCUCGUCACAUCUCCAACUCCUCAGUACGAGACCGUAUAUCUGCAAUACCCGAAUCCCCUCUAUACUAUCCAGCAGGUCUCCACCAUACUCUAGGUCGAACGCGACGCUGUGAUGAAGACACGUUGGACCUAAUAAAUCUAACCCGAGAUCUCACCCAAGCCGUCCUGGCCCUACAAAACGCCUCUGCAGUAGACACUUUCCCCGAGGAGAUAUGUGGCCCUGCUAUCCCAAGAAAAACCUACACGGAGCAAGAAGCACAAGCUCUACACAGAAAAAAAAGUAACGCCACAGAUCAGAUCGUGGCGCUCGAAGCCCAUAACGACGCCGUCUAUGAAGCAACACGCCUCUGCGCACUCCUAUAUGCCACCGCUAUCCACUGCAGCACACCAUUCUCUACCGCCGCCCGCAGCUUUCCGAGACAAAACGGCACACUCAAUAUCGUGCUACAGAUCCGAGACCACCUUGCUAGUACGGACCUGUCCAACUGCUGGGACAGUAUGGUCGGGAUAUUAUUCUGGUGCACGCUGGUGACGGGAGCAGCGUGCCAUGACGCAGACGAUCAAGACGUGGAAGUGCUGGCAACCAAGAAGUGGAUGGUAGCACUCGCAAUCAGGUGUUCGAUUUUACUUACCUUCCAGCACACUGAUGCCGUGGUGAGGAUUUUGAGGACGAUAUUGGCUGUACAGUCGACGUUGGGAGACCAGACAGAAGGGCGGGAAAGUCAAAUCAGUAUCCCUGGUGGGUUCUGA